GUACACUACACUAUUGUAUUCGUGUGUAUAUGUGUGUAUUGUGUGGGAGGCUACACAAUAGAUUUAUAUCUAUUCAUAUCACGCAAUAUUUUUAUACUUUGUGUUAUUUUGAUUAAAACAUUAUAUAUUAUUUGUAUAUUAAUAUAUUGUUGCAGAAUCUAAAUAUACAAUAAUAUCUAAAUAUCCAAGAAUAUCAAUUCAUAUUUGAGUAUUUGUUUUCGUCUUUUAAAAUAUCGUGACAAUCCAAGAACAUAGAGUACGUUUUAGAGUCGAAUAAACGGAAAAAAAUUUAAAAUAUUAAUUAUUACGCGAAAAUUAUUCCUCAAAAAAAUAUUAAUCUAAUCCAAUCGACUCGUGGACAAAAAACCACUUUACCAAAAAUCGUUCACAAGUAUUAAAAUGGAAAUGCGCAACAAUCACAACGAAGUUUUAACAGAAGACAAGAAUGUGUCUUCCCUUAGUAAGAAGGAGAACAUGAUUACAUUAUUGAAUGCUCUCUUCAAAUAUGGAUAUUCAAAUCUUCCUUCCUCUAUACUGCCAAACAUGUCUGAAGAUGAACGUUAUUCUGCAUUACAAUCAAUACUCGAACAGACAAAGAUUGCUGUUGAGAAGAAAUCUUCAAUAAUUGAUUGGUUAAACAGUGGUAUAUUUGACAAUGAUGAAUAUAGUGUACCUUUGGCGUUGUUACUUAUUGGAUUGUACGAGCAGUAUCCAUUGUCUGAACAAAGAAAUGAAGAGUGUAACUUUAGAGAAAUAUAUCUUUUUCUUUACAAGAUGACAACAAAUCAAACUGCACCAUGUCUAUCGCAUAACUCUGCAAAGAUUUUAUACAAACUAUUGUCAGAAUUAAUAGAUGAAGUGUGGCCAAGCAUGCAGUCAGAGUUUAUCAAAUAUCUAAGCGAUAUACAUAUUUACAGCAGAUCUGAAAUCAGGAGAACAUAUUCUGGAAAGAAAAUACUAGAGAGGAAAGCAGCAAAGAACUGUUCAUCCGAGAACUAUAAGUGAUUUUAUUUUUAUAAUAAAAAUUUUCAAGUUCCUUUAUUCUAAGAUUUUUGGACUUUGAAGAUUUAAAAUUCCGAAAAGUGCUGAAGGCUGAAGGCUCGAAAUCUUUCGCCACUGAACUGCUUGGACUCCAAGAUUCUCCUCGUGCCAAUGUAGCAAUCUAAACACAAGAAGAGAAAUGUAUAUUUAAGAAAUGAAUAAUAUGAUGGAAAAUGGAUGGAAUAGACUAAUAAUUCAAUCAUUA